AUGACUGCAGAGACACUCAACACUAUAGAGCGUGAGAACGAGACUACUGCUACACCCGUCACGAAAGCUCAAGAUGCUCCUUUUGUCUACGAGACUCCUGGCUUUUUUGCCGAAGACUCUCGUGUACCAUUAUGGGCACAGACUCUUGUAACAAACGUCUUUGGUUUUGUGACGAUUCACUACAAUCUCUGGGGUGUACCAUUCCUCGUGCUAUUCUAUUAUUUGUACAAAAUUGGCUAUGGUUACGUACCUGUGGCACUCGCGACAAUGUAUCUGCCUUCGUAUUUAAGUGGUGCUCAAAAGACAGCACAGGGAAAUCCCUGGCCAGCCUUUCGCUCUGGACGCUUCUGGGGUCUCAGUGCCAAGUUUCUUGGAAUAAAGAUUAUUCGAGAACAGGAACUCGACAGCAGCAAGAAGUACAUUUUUGGCUAUCAUCCGCACGGCAUCGUCGUCAUGUCACGUGUUACAACCUAUGGCGGUAACUGGGAAAAACUGUUUCCGGACAUUCCAACGCUAGCGCUGGGGGCAUCGACCAUGUUCUACGUUCCUCUCGGUCGUGAGAUGUGUCUAUGGCUUGGCAGUGUGGACGCCUCACGGUCCACGGCUGACAAGGUCCUGAACAACGGCAUUAGUAUUGCCGUGUACCCUGGUGGCGUGCCCGAAAUCUUCAAGACGGACCCUUAUUCCAAGGUGAACGAGCUCGUGCUAAAGAAGCGUCUGGGCUUUGUCAAACUGGCCAUGCGUCAUGGCGCGGAUCUUGUUCCAUGCUUUGUGUUUGGUGAAAAGUGGCUGUACAACGUGUGGAAUCCUCCUCAAGGCGUCAUCAACUUUUUUCGCAAGACGCUCAAAAUACCGACGGUCGUCUUCUGGGGAAAAUUUAUGUGGAUGCCUAAGCAGCCGCCUAAGGGUAAGCGCUUCGGCGUGGUAUACGGCAAACCCAUUCCUACCAAGUUGUCAACGAACCCUACAGAGGAGGAGAUUCGUGUUGUACACCAGCAAUACGUUGCGGAGGUCGAGCGCCUCUUCUCCCAAUACAAGAAGGAGUUUGGCUACGAUGAUGACGAGACGUUGCUGAUCAAUUAG